UCUUCAUCUUUCGGUGCCUUGACUUCAGGGCGAGUUCACUGCUUCGCGGCCGCUAAUUACCGUUACAUCGGUAAACUUUCUGUACAGUGAAAGGAGGCGUCCGUUAUGAAAGACGCUAUAAAAAUGAACGGCUGCCUUUUUUUAAAAUCGCUGUGACCCCCUUUUUCUUUGUUAGGAGCGCAUUGCUAUUCGUCGAUCUCCAAGUCUCCCCCUCCUCCCAUUCCCAUCCGCCCCCCCCCCUCGCCAGCGCUAUUCCGGUUUAGCUCCACUGUCUCGGAGGUGAACAGCGUGAACGCGCUCUUUUCUUUCCAGAAAUGCGAGCGCAAGUCUGUCGGAGGCGCCUCUCCGGUGACAACACGUGAAGCACCUGAGGAAAGAGCCAACACACGGACGAGCGCGCCUUUCCUUCUUCUUCUUCUUCUUUUUAGGAACAUCGGCGUCUCCUCCCGGCGCAUCCCCUACUGCAGCCACAGCCGCAGCCGCAGCGCACGAUGCUCGGCACCUCGUCGGAGCGCCCGUGUUAAACCCACGAUGCCAAUCCUUGUCUCGAAUGGCUGUUUACUACUUGUUGUGGACGUGCUGCGUGGCUCUGCGUGGUGGUGACAGCGCUCCUCUCCCCAGUGACACAGUGCGCCGUUUCGCUCGCUCUUUUCCACGGCAGGAAUUUCGCGUCUUGGAGUGCGAGAUGACGAGGCUCGGGCUUCUGCUUUGUUACUUUUCCGUUGAACUUCUCUCGUUCGUCUGCAGGGCUCAUGGCAAAUCCGGGCAGCACCUGGGAAGUAUCGUGGUGGUCUCGGGCUCCAAUGGCUCGAAAGACGGGGAGCACUUGGCGUCAGAUCCUCCACCUACAGCCGAAAAAUGUCGGGGCUACUUUGACGUGAUGGGGCAGUGGGACCCUCCGUUCAACUGCAGCACUGGAGCUUACCUGUUCUGUUGCGGGACCUGUGGCUUUAGGUACUGCUGUCAGUUCCGAUCGACCAGGCUGGACCAAGAUAUCUGCAAAAACUACGACACCCCAGUGUGGCUCAUGACUGGCAGACCCCCCUCUAAAAGGAACGACCUCCUGCACGACCACACCAGGGAUAAAACGAACUUAAUUGUGUACAUCGUGUGCGGAGUGGUCGCCGUCAUGGUUCUGGUUGGGAUUUUCACUAAACUGGGUCUGGAAAAGGCGCAUCGACCUCACAGAGAGAACAUGUCCAGAGCCCUUGCCGAAGUGAUGUCCCAACAGAGGCCCUGCCCCGGAGAGCACCUGGAGGGAGAGGGGACCCUGGGGGCCCACAUGCAGCAACACCUGCAGCAGCAACACCUGCAGCAGCACUACGAGACCAUGCAGGCGCGGCCCACCGCCAACAAUCUGCAUGGCCCGCAGAUGAACAACGUGGGACCCACCUCGCCCAUCCUGCCUGCAAUGGCCCAUCCUCACUCCUACACUACCCUCCAGCUGCCUCACACCUAUGAGCAGCCCGCCAUAGGCAAAGAACUCAACAAAUACGCCACGCUUAAGGCUGUCGCGUCAGAAAAGGUCGGCGACGAUUUCUACUCCAAGCGGCGACACCUAGCCGAGCUGGCGGCCAAAGGCAGCCUGCCGCUCCACCCGGUGCACAUGGAGCCGGAGGAGAGCGUCCACUACAGCCCGGACCUGACGGGCGGCAAGCAGAACGGCCACAAAUCCAAAGCCAACAAGAUGCACACGCACCCACUGGCCUUCAACUCCAACACGCUGAAGGGAUGGGACCAGAGCGAGCCCACCGGCCGCCGGCCAGCCUACGUCCCCAAGAAGCCCUGCACGGUGGAGCAGGUGAACGAGCUUCAGGGUGCCCGAGGCCAGCACUACCUGCCCCCUCAGCCGUACUUUGUGACCAACAGCAAAACAGAAGUGACCGUCUAGAUUCCCCCCAGCCCCCUUCAGCUGUACAGAAAGAGUGGGACCCGCGCCCAGUCCUGGGACGGGGGAGGGGGGUGGUGGGGGUGGUCCUGGCUGUCGGGAUGGCCACUUGUAACUCCAGCCCUUCUACUGUGCUGUGACGGCGAGUCGGGACGCCUGGAAAAAUACAAAGCAAAACUAAACAACUGAACUACACAGAUCUGCAGCAUGCAAGCGCCUCGGGGCGCACGUGACAAGUGUGCGGCGAGGGGACAGAGAUGUGACAAAACCAACACGAACUACCAAUAAAGUGAGGACUGG